AUGAACAUUCGAUCAUUAUACAGGGCUAAACUGAGAGCGGAGGAGCUGACCCCUGCCUCGGAUGUCCUCCCUAUGGGGACUUACACCUUACCACAUCCUAUAUGGUCAGAGAAGGAAGUGGAGGAAGUGCGGAUUACACACAAUGAACCAGACACUAUGGUUGACAAGUUGGCGUUCAACGCCGUCCAGCUUCUGAGGAAAAGUUUUGAUUUUCUUUCCGGUUUCAACAGAGGAGAUAGAAACGAGAAAAUAUGGCUAAAUCGGAUUUGCUUCUUGGAGACCGUAGCGGCCGUGCCCGGUAUGGUGGCCGCCAUGACGCGUCAUCUCCACUCCCUGAGACGGAUGAAAAGAGAUUACGGCUGGAUCCACACUCUCCUCGAGGAAGCAGAGAACGAGAGGAUGCACUUGUUGACCGCUCUUCAGUUACGUAAACCUUCCUGGUUCUUCCGUUUGGCUGUGGUAUGCUCCCAAGGUGUGUUUGUGACCAUGUUCAGUGCUUCUUAUCUGAUCAGUCCCAAAUUCUGUCAUCGAUUUGUCGGUUACCUGGAGGAAGAAGCUGUCAAAACCUAUACAAAGUGUCUGGAGGACAUAGACGGAAAUGGUAGAAUGAAGGUAUGGAGAACGGUUCCUGCCCCAGAACUUGCUAUCAGAUACUGGCAGUUAGAUAGCGAGGCUUCUAUGCGUGACGUCAUCUUAGCUAUCCGUGCUGAUGAGGCUCAUCAUCGGCUGGUCAACCACACGUUUGCUGCUCUCAGGCCGAAUGAUUAUAAUCCUUAUCCCCCGGGAUUCUGAUCUGUCACUCACCAGUUCAUCUACUCAGCUGCGA